CGCGGAUAGCAUGGGGUCUCUGGGAGCCCUCGCUGCAGCUGAUAACCCAUGAAAUGACUGAGUGAAAGGUGUUGCAAGGAAAUCCCUCGCAUGCUCUGUAGUGUGUUGAAAAUGCAGCAUCAUCCUCUCUGUUCCCUUUCUUCAGCUGGAAAGCACAAUUCGAGGGCACAGGGUAUCUGGAGGGGAAAAACUGGCUGCCUGCCUCCAGGAGCUCCCUCCCUCCACGUCCACCCCGCCUUUCUUGGGCUCUAAUUGCCUCCGCUCCAAUGGGCCAGCAGCACCUUCACCCAUUUCCUCUUCCAUUCACUCCAGCGAGGAGGAAAGAGGGAAAACAAAACUCUAAAAAUAACUGUCAGCAUCUUAAAAAGAGAAAAGCUUAGCUGCCCCCUCCUACUCCUGCCCCCCCCCCCACGCCUAUGGGGCACAUGUCUGCUUCUUACAACACCGAGGCACAUGGUUCCAGUUCUGCCCCGAUCCCCACCAGGACUGAGAGGAAAUCCACAUCUGUGGGACGCUCCGCACGGAACCACCUCCAGCGAGGGAGGCCAGGGGACUGCAGCAGCGAAAUGAAGGGCUAGACCGUAGGAUCGCUGCUCUUGCGACGGCCGGGAGCGCCUGCAAGCUGGAUCUGGUGGAGGAUGCUGCUGCGGCAGGUGCUUCGCAGAGGGCUCCAGUCGUUCUGCCACAGGCUGGGCUUGUGCGUGAGCCGGCACCCGGUCUUUUUCCUCACCGUGCCCGCAGUCCUGACCAUCACCUUCGGCCUCAGCGCGCUCAACCGCUUCCAGCCCGAGGGCGACCUGGAGCGCCUGGUCGCUCCCAGCCACAGCCUGGCCAAGAUCGAGCGCAGUCUGGCCAGCAGCCUUUUCCCCCUGGACCAGUCCAAAAGCCAGCUCUAUUCGGACUUACACACCCCUGGGAGGUAUGGCAGGGUGAUCCUCCUCUCCCCACCCGGGGACAAUAUUUUGCUCCAGGCUGAGGGGAUCCUGCAGACCCACCGAGCCGUGCUGGAAAUGAAGGUGAACCACAAGGGCUAUAAUUAUACUUUUUCCCAUCUGUGUGUGUUGAGAAAUCAGGAUAAGAAAUGCGUGCUGGAUGAUAUUAUUUCAGUGCUAGAGGAUCUCAGGCAGGCUGCCGUCUCCAAUAAGACAACAGCCAGGGUGCAAGUGAGGUAUCCCAACACUAAAUUAAAGGAUGGGAGGAACAGUUUUAUUGGACACCAACUGGGCGGGGUAGUGGAAGUGCCAAACAGCAAGGACCAACGGGUGAAGUCAGCCAGAGCCAUUCAAAUCACCUACUACCUCCAGACCUAUGGCUCUGCCACCCAGGACCUCAUAGGGGAGAAGUGGGAGAAUGAGUUCUGUAAACUUAUGAGGAAGCUCCAGGAGGAGCACCAGGACCUCCAGCUCUACUCUUUAGCAUCCUUUAGCCUCUGGAGAGACUUCCACAAGACCAGCAUCCUGGCCAGGAGCAAGGUCCUGGUGAGCCUCGUGCUGAUCUUGACCACAGCCACCCUCUCCAGCUCCAUGAAGGACUGUUUGCGCAGCAAGCCCUUCUUGGGCCUCCUGGGGGUGCUCACAGUGUGCAUCUCCCUUGUCACGGCAGCAGGGAUCUUCUUCAUCACUGAUGGGAAGUACAACUCCACCCUGCUGGGAAUCCCGUUCUUCGCCAUGGGUCAUGGAACUAAAGGAGUAUUUGAGCUUCUGUCUGGAUGGCGGAGAACCAGAGAAAAUUUGCCCUUCAAAGACAGGGUAGCAGAUGCCUAUUCUGAUGUGAUGGUCACCUAUACCAUGACCAGCUCCCUGUACCUCAUUACCUUUGGCAUGGGUGCCAGCCCAUUCACAAACAUAGAGGCUGUAAAAGUCUUCUGUCAGAACAUGUGUGUUUCCAUUCUGUUAAACUACUUCUACAUUUUUUCUUUCUUUGGCUCCUGUCUGGUCUUCGCUGGCCAGCUGGAGCAAAACCGUUACCACAGCAUCUUUUGCUGUAAAAUCCCUUCUGCAGAAUACCUGGACCGCAAACCUGUGUGGUUCCAGACAGUGAUGAGCGAUGGGCAUCAACAGACAUCCCAUCAUGAGACGAACCCUUACCAGCACCACUUUAUUCAGCACUUCCUCCGUGAACAUUACAAUGAGUGGAUUACCAAUAUCUAUGUGAAGCCAUUUGUUGUCAUCCUCUAUCUCAUUUAUGCCUCCUUCUCUUUCAUGGGAUGCCUGCAGAUCAGUGACAGAGCCGACAUCAUCAAUUUGCUAGCCAGUGAUUCCCCAAGUGUUUCCUAUGCCAUGGUUCAGCAGAAAUAUUUCAGCAACUAUAGCCCCGUGAUAGGAUUCUAUGUCUAUGAGCCUCUCGAGUACUGGAACAGCAGUGUCCAGGAGGAUCUACGGAGACUCUGUAGUGGGUUCACUGCAGUGUCCUGGGUGGAGCAGUAUUACCAGUUCCUGAAAGUCAGCAACAUCAGUGCCAAUAACAAGAGUGACUUUAUCAGUGUCCUACAGAGUUCCUUUUUAAAAAAACCAGAAUUCCAGCACUUUCGAAAUGACAUCAUCUUCUCCAAGGCAGGGGAUGAGAAUAACAUCAUUGCAUCUCGCUUGUAUCUGGUAGCAAGGACUAGCAGAGACAAGCAGAAGGAAGUGAUAGAAGUAUUGGAAAAGCUGAGACCCCUGUCCCUCUCAAAGAGUAUCCGAUUCAUCGUGUUCAACCCCUCCUUUGUGUUCAUGGACCAUUACGGCUUGUCUGUCACAGUGCCUGUUCUGAUUGCAGGCUUUGGUGUUCUCCUGGUGUUAAUCCUUACUUUUUUCCUAGUGAUCCACCCUUUGGGAAACUUCUGGCUAAUUCUUAGUGUCACCUCAAUUGAGCUGGGCGUUCUGGGCUUAAUGACAUUAUGGAACGUCGACAUGGAUUGCAUUUCUAUCUUGUGCCUUAUCUACACUUUAAAUUUUGCCAUUGACCACUGUGCACCACUGCUUUACACAUUUGUAUUAGCAACCGAGCACACCCGAACGCAAUGUAUAAAAAGCUCUCUGCAAGAGCAUGGGACAGCCAUUUUGCAAAAUAUUACUUCUUUUCUUAUUGGGUUGGUCCCCCUCCUAUUUGUGCCUUCGAACCUGACCUUCACACUGUUCAAAUGCUUGCUGCUCACCGGGGGUUGCACACUUCUGCACUGUUUUGUUAUCUUACCUGUGUUCCUAACCUUUUUCCCCCCUUCCAAAAAGCACCACAAGAAAAAGAAACGUGCUAAACGAAAGGAGAGAGAGGAAAUUGAAUGCAUAGAAAUUCAAGAGAACCCUGAUCACGUCACCACAGUCUGAUGGGUGUAAACUAAUGGAUUAUUUUUCUUUUCCAGUAUUGCACAACGAUGCAGGGCGAGUAAAGCUCAGACCUCAGCUGCUUGGGCUGGCCAGGGGUAACAAGGCAAGUCAGAUCAAGAGUGAAUUAUUCAUUAUACAUCAAAGUGUCCACUUCUUGGAGGGAAGAGAGAAUCAAAGAAGGGGGAAAAGUGCUUUGCAACCUUUUCUCCACUAAAGAUAAGUUUCUGAAUAUGAUCUAAGAGCUCUUUCAUGGAAUGGAUGAAUCAAUGAAGUAUUAGAAGGCCAAAAAACACAGCUUUCAGAAAUAAAAUGCUUAGGAGAGAUGGAAAAUGAGGAAAGGGGGCCUCCAAAUAGGGAAAAUAACAGAAAAUGUCAAAAAUUGCCAUGACACUUUUCAUAUUUGUUUUUUGAACGAGUUCGUCAAAAGAAACCUAUGCACUUGGGAAGUACAUAUUUAAUCCAGUCUGAACCAAAGUUCUUCCCAAUCCAUUUU